AUGGAAGUGUUAAUUUUGUAUGCAUAAAAAUGGCCAGUAUGAAUCCCUAAAAGCGCGCAUGUGUCAUAUGGGUCUGUAUUAAAACUUCAAAGAGAGUAAAAUUAACACAUGGAACAGGCAUUGAAAAUCUUGCGUUGAAUUAAUAAACGAGCAAUUGCUAUUACAUAGCAAUUUAGUACGAUUGUUAGAAUUGUUCUAGGUCUCUUUCUGACAUAGUAAGUUGGUCUAGGUAUUUUUUUUUUAUAAGUAAGAGAUAAAUAUUAUUGAUCUGAAUGAAAUAGGUAUAACCCGUGUACAUAGGAAGUAUACAUAAGAACACUUAAAUACAUUCUAAGAGUGAUGAAUUAAAGAUAAGAAAUCAUGAACAUUGUCCUCGUUUAGUACAAUAGCGGAAAACCAAAGUAGUAAAGUGUGAAGAAAAAAGUUCUUCAGCUCCGACAUAGAGCGUUCCUUGUCUUUAAAGCAAUGCACAUUCAUUUCCGACCAAAUACACCACAUAAUACACAACGAGAUCAUCUUCCACACUGCUGCCACGUGAUGACAACUUUGCAUCUUCCUCCAACAACCUAACAAAUCCACCACCUUUGAACGCAUAACCCAAGCAACAUCAACCAUUUGAAAGAUCUCAUCCCACAACUCCCUUGUUACACUACAUAAUACACAACGAGAUCAUCUUCCACACUGCUGCCACGUGAUGACAACUUUGCAUCUUCCUCCAACAACCCAACAAAUCCACCACUCUCGAAGGCAUAACCCAAGCAACAUCAAUCCUUUGAAAGAUCUCAUCCCACAACUCACUUGUUACCUCACAAUACAGUAAGAAGUGAUCCAUAGAUUCUCCAUUCUUUUUACAUAAGUAACACCAAUCCAUCACUACAUAACCCCUCUUCCUUAGAUUGUCAGUGGUCAAGAUCUUUCCAAGGGCGGUGUUCCAUACAAAGAAGGCUACUUUGGAAGGAACACAUGCCCUCCAAAUGUUCUUCCAAGGGAAUGGAGGAUGAUCAUGUGUUGACAAAAUUUUAUAGUACACCUUACCAAUUCAUUUCUUGUGGUUAUUAGACCUUCACUUCAAUCGAUCACACUGAGUCAGAGGGGUCCCCAUGGAGUAUAGGAGACUGAAAAAAUAUGAUACAAUAGAUAAUUCCCAAUCGUGAAAAUCCUUGUUAAAGAGAAUACUUAUAUAUAUAAAAAAAAAUAAAAAAUAAAAAAUUCCUGUUAAAGAGAAUAUUCCACUAAUGAGAACCAUGAGAGAGUAGCCGCAUACCUGCCACUGAAGCCUCCCUAUUAGUAGCAAUACGAUUGAGAACCGCAAAAGCUUUUUCCAAAGCAUGAUCUUUGCACCACACAUCCCUCCAACUGACUCGAUUGCCCUUUCCGGCUACAAAACUAAUAUGGUUCUCAAAGCAUGACCACCCACUCUUUUUAAACUUCCAUAAACCCACACCAUACCCUUCUCUCACUUUGUGAUAGCACCAACCACCCCAUGCAGCUCCUUAUCUAGCGUCGAUAACUUCCUUCCACAAUGAUCCCCCCUCCGAGUGAUAUCUCCAUAGCCAUUUCCCCAGUAAAGGUUUGUUAAGAGUUCUCAAGUUGCACACUCCCAACCCCCUAUGUACAACUGGAGCACAAACUAUCUUCCAUCUAACCAGAUGAAAUUUCUUCUCCUCCCCCAUGCAUACUUUAAAUUACAAAGAAAUGAAUGAGGUUGUCCUUGCACUUAACCCCUUUGAUUUUGGGCUAGGUAUUUGCCGAUAUCCUUCUUCCUACUUAUAGUAUUUAAAUGCCUUUCUCAUUAUAAUCUGUCGUGGGUUGCUGAGUAAGUGGCAUAUCUUUUAUGCUUCAAGGCAAUGAGUAUCUUUAGGGUUUUAUGUAUUCUAUUGUGUAAAACCUUGCAUCUUCUUUACUUAAAAAAACUUUGCAUCUUCUUUAAUAGGUAAAAUAUUAAUGAUUAGUAUUUGACUGAGAGGACUCAUUUGGUCAGCUCAAUUAUCUUGCGUGAGAGUGCUAGAAAUUUGAUGGUAAUGUUGCUAUUCUAUGCUCCAGCCAAGUUAUGCCAACCCUAAUUUAGGGUCUGCCUGGAUUGGGAGGGUAUGUGUCGGGUGACAAAUUAGUAAAUGAGAUUACAAAAACAAGAGGUGAGUGGAGUUGUAUUUACAGGUAUUUGCUGAUUGGCAUGAUGUAUUGAGAUUGGUGGUUCUGGAAAUAGAACUCAUGUAACUGGUCUUUCCAGUGUCCACCAUAUCAGCAAGUCAUUAAUGUUGCGCUUAUGCUGAUAAUACUUUUUUAAAAACAUCGCAAGUCAUUGCCAACAUUUACAAAAGGAUCAGAUUUAUACGAGGGGAGAAUCAACGACAAGGAAAAUUAGAAAGAAGUAUGAAAGUGUGUCCAAGGUGCAAACAACCUCACGUAUGGGAUUAUGAAAUCAUCAUUGGGCAUAUUUUUUACUUAAAAAAAAAGGAGUGUGAUAAGUGGUUUUGAGAUCGUAAGAAACUCGACUCUGCUGCUUCGAUGUGCAAACAAAAUUCAAAAUCCUUCUAGCUUGGAAGUUAAACUUUAUAACUUUGAUGAGAUCAAUUCAUUCAACGUGAAGGAAGGCAAAUAGGGACGUCGUUCUUUAAAAUACCACACUUAACUUAUUAAGCCACUCCAUCACCACAUGAAACCACCUUGAGGUGGCCCUGUUUGAUCCACGCCUCCCCCACUGCUUGAUGGCUGCAUGGACAAGAUAAAGGGGGUGUUUCUACACCAUUUGUUAGAGUAUUAACUGUUAUUACGUACUGACCAGCAGUCACCUUUCGAAGCAUUCGUCGCAAAGAUGCGUAUCAUUACCAUAGGCAUAGGCCGCAAAACUACAUUGGUGCGUUGCUUAAUUCAGUGAUAUUCCCCCACCCACGCGGCGGCAGGGGGUAUCUCGAUCAAUUUCUCAAGGCGUUGGAAAUCUAAACUAGCUUAGAGAAUCACAGGCACUAUUUAGCCAUCUGUUUUGUCAACUAGGAAGUCGUCAAUUAAAUUGUUGAUUUUUAAAAAUGUUUCGUCCACCCAUUUCAAAGGGUACGAUACUUUUUAGUUAGGGCCUUAUAUUUCUUGUACAUGCCAUGUUGGUAAGAUGGUGUGAUGUUCUAUGCGAGAGUUCAUGGUAGAAUGAUGACAUAUUCUAUUUAGUAUAUUAAAGGUUGUGUCCUUUUUUGUUUUUGUUUUGGCUUUCCAUUUUUCUUUGACAUCUGCAGUAGAGAUAGAGCUAAGGGAUGGAGGUUUUAGAUCCUUGGGAAAUCCCCUUUGUUGAUAUGCCCAUUCUUCUUUCAUUCGGAGCCGCCAUAACUUGGGCUCAUCAUACUAGCGAGGAAGGGAAAAUGAGUAAUGUAUGUUUCACUGGCUCAGUGGCACUAGCUUUCAAGGAAUGAAGUUAAUAUUUUUUUUGGUAAGUAUUUAAAUUGGGUAUAAGAUCCACUAUAGGUGGAGAGCCUUAACCGUAUGUGUUGUUAUGAGUGGAGACAAAAAUAGUGAACAGUGAAACAUGCACCGUUUCUUUCCAUAACAUAUUAGGCACCACUUGUAGACACGCACAGUGUCUGCAGCAAGUGACGCUUCAAACUCUUUCGUAAAAUACUACACCGAAAAAUGUUGUAGGCUGCUCUCUCCUAUAAAUAGGAGAGAGUUCAGAGAAGUGAGGAGAUAGAGUGUGUAGCAGAGAGAAAACAAAGAGUGCUGCGUGUGUGCAGACAAAGUGUGGGAGAGUUUACAGGAAAGAAAGAGAAUGGGUGAGCAGAGAGUUUUUUUUGUAAAAAUUAUUUCAUAGUGAAAUAACAGCAGCUGUGAACGUAGGCAAUUGCCGAACCAUGUUAAAUUUCAUCCCUCCUUUAUUUAUAAUCGUCUCUAUGUCAGAAAAGCUACCAACAUGUGUGGUAACAGGUAAGCCCCAAGGCUGUUCCCGUCCCUGUCAGGGAGAUGCCAACCGUCUGUCCUUUCUACGAACACAAGGAAUGAAGUUAAUAUUAUCAAGUACCCACACUAUUUCGAAUGGUAUCUAUGAUUCUUCCUUUUCCUCUGUCUCAUAUUUGCAUUCUACGUCAGCAUAUAAAAAGGUUUAUAUUUUAAAAGAUUAUUAUUUAUUCUUCAUUAAAUUUAGAAUAAAAUCUUUAUUACUGUUCAAUGUUUGUUUUAUUUUUUAUUUAUUUUUUUACAUGUGGCAUCCACCACCGCAUGUCUUGCGGUUUAUCGAUGGAAUUCCAACUAAAUGGAGUGAAAGUUGUGAUUAAAAAUAUAUAUAUAUAUAUAUACACAAAUCAAUUCGAUUUGAUAUCCAAUCCAAAGUAAUGGUGUGGGAGAGGGAGAACAAAGUUUCAUUGUCUCUUAGUAUUGAUUCCUAUCCACCAUCACAAUUCAAAUAAUUUUCUUCCAGGGGCUUCUCAUAAAUUCAAUAUUUGUCAGAAUCAGUCCUCCAUAUAUUAGAUAAUAGGAUAAGGUCCAGGAUUGCCCAUUCUAGGUUUUUUUUUUUUCCCUAAAUCGAUUGCCCAUUCUAGUUGCAUGUGUAAAAUAAUAUCAUUUUUCUGACUCUUUUUUUCAAUCGAUCCACAUGAUAAUAUUAGAUUCAGAGCAGUCCUUUCAUUGGGAGCAUUUCUUCAAUCACGCAUCUGAAAGGACACAUUCUUUGAAUCAAAAAUAAUUUUGAACUUCGUUUCCUCAGAUUUGACACUUGAUUCAUGGAGGAUCCUUGAGCUAGAACUCAUGUGCAAGCACAUGGGUGAAAGUCCAAAACACAGUAAAGUGGUUGUGAAUGAAAAUGAUAUGUAGAUAUUGGCAUUAAAAACCUGGCUACAAGUGAAAAAAUAAAGAGAUGGGAAGUGACAUAAACAAAGAGAGCACAGAAAGUGGGAGUCAUCCCUUCUCAUUGUCAAUUAAAUUUGCUUUCUUUCAGGAAAGACAAAUCCUAAGAUGCCAUUUUUCCUUCUGCAUGAACCCUUCUGGAAACUUUCCCUUCCCUCUAACAUAGUAAAAGUCUCUGCAGUUACACUUCAUGUGAUGCAGAGAGAGGGCUGAAAUGAGAGAGAAAGGAGGGUUAGUAUUAAAAGAGACAACAACACAUGAAACAAACAAGCACUGUAGUCAAUUACUUACUGCCAUUGAAAUUUGAACCUCUGCAACCUCAGAAGUAGAAGUUUCCCACUGAUAAUUUCUAUAAAAAAAAAAUAAUGGCAAGACCGAGAAUUUCAACAGGUCAGGGGUGUGAGUGUAAUUUGGUUAGGGACCCAAAAACAUUCUGAAAUGAUUAAACAUAUAUGUACUGAUCUUCCCAUCUUGUCAUUCUAUGCAAGUACCUGCCUUUUGACCAAUAAUUAACGACGAUUAAAAGUCUUGUACAUGAGGAUAAACAAUCAUGAAAGAAAGAUAAUAUUUCAUUGUGAGCGUCCUCUAACAUCUAUAAAUCUCCCUGUUUCAUCGGAGCAAACAAUUUCAGGUCCUCUCUCUCUCUCUCUCUCUCUCUCUCUCUCUCUCUCUCUCUCUCUCUCUCUCUCUCUCUCUCACACACACAAAACAAAAACAUAUACACACACCCCACCAAGCAUAGAAGAUGUCAUCAGUUUUCAAUCAUCUCUUUGAUCUUUCGGAACAGAUAUGUUACGUGCAGUGUGGUUUCUGCACGACCAUUUUACUGGUAAGUGUGCCUCGUAGCAGCUUGUCCGUGGUGGUAACAGUGAGAUGCGGCCACUGCACAAGCCUCCUCUCUGUCAACAUGACCAGUGCUUCUUUCUUACCUCUCCAUCUUUUAACCUCUUUUAACCAUGAAGAGCCAAAUCCAGAGGAAAAUGAUGCACAGAAGGUCUUGGACCGGCGCAGCCCAUCCAUGGUGGCCUCUUCUGACCAUGAAGAAGAGGAUGUAAUCUCCUCGAAUCACAUUGUUAACAAACCCCCUGAGAAGAGACAACGAGCUCCAUCAGCCUAUAACCGCUUCAUUAAAGAGGAGAUCAAGAGGCUUAAGGCUGAGAAUCCAAACAUGGCUCACAAGGAAGCUUUCAGCACAGCUGCCAAAAAUUGGGCUCAUUGCCCUGCGUUUCAGUCCGAAGGAGAUGAAGAUCACUAUGGCCAGAGUACUUGAGGAAAACAUGUUGGGACUAUCAUUAGGUCGAUCCAAAGCGUUUUGGUGAAAUAAAAGGCCCCGAGGCCACAUGGGCAGUGACACCCUUUGAGUGAAAAGAGAUCUGCAAAUUAAAGAGUUAAGACUGCUGUCGUGAAAAGAAAGCUAGCCGUAUGUGUUUCUACUUCUGGGUUGGUGUUGGGAUUACUAAUAUAUGCCUGAAUUAAGACAGGUAGUCUGGCAGAUGCUCUUGGGAAUGAGGUUUUCACUUCAAGCUGUACAAGACUAGUUGUCCAUUCAUUGAUUGAGUGAAAAAAAAAAAAAAUCUAGGAUUAAUCGAUUGGUCUUUUUUCAUAUCCUAAUUAGCAGAGAAUUUUUACUUAGAAGCAUGUAAUUAGAAAAUAUGUUUUAUAUAAUUUAUAUUAUAUAUAAUUUAUAUUAUGUAUUAAAUUAUUAAUUAAUAUAACAUGUAA